UGCCGGCUAAUGGAGUCUCUCCGCGCGCGCAUGCGCAGGGGGCGCUGCAACGUUGGAGCUUGGCAGGAGGAAGGCUGAGGGGGGAUGUUGAGGAUGACGACGACGGCGGCGGGUCGGUGCUGCUCCUCCUGAGGCCGCCGCCUUCUUCUCCCCUUGUCGGCAUGGGGCUGGGCUCGAGCUCCGAGGUUGCCGACGGGGGCUCCGAGGGCUAUCAUGUGCACGGGAUUCAGGAAAACUCUCCUGCUCAGCAGGCUGGAUUGGAACCAUUCUUUGAUUUCAUCCUGACAAUAGGACACACUAGACUGAAUAAAGAAGGCGACACGCUAAAAGAUCUCCUGAAAGCCAACGUCGAGAAGGCCGUGAAGUUGGAGGUCUACAACACCAAGACCAUGAAAGUGCGGGAGGUGGAGGUGAUCCCCAGCAACAUGUGGGGCGGGCAGGGCCUCCUGGGAGCCAGCGUGAGGUUCUGCAGCUUCCAAGGAGCCAACGAACACGUGUGGCACGUGCUGGAUGUGGAACCAGCUUCCCCAGCAGCAUUAGCUGGCCUGCAGCCUCACACAGACUACAUUGUUGGAUCAGAUCAAAUACUGCAGGAGUCAGAAGAUUUCUUCGCACUGAUCGAAUCCCACGAGGGGAAGCCCUUGAAGCUGAUGGUUUAUAACAUGGAGACAGAUUGCUGUCGAGAGGUUUUUGUGACCCCCAACGGAGCCUGGGGCGGAGAAGGAAGUUUAGGGUGCGGCAUUGGGUAUGGCUAUCUGCACAGGAUUCCGACACAGCCUGCUGUCCCGAAGAGAAGAUCUGAAUCCGAUUUCCCUUCUCCUUUGCCCUCUGGAGAUGCGCCCCUUGAGCCACCUACUAACGGCUAUGCAGAGACCCCACUCCUGGCACCUGACUCCCAAAGUGAAGACCCUGCAAGUCUGUCUUACAGCACCGAUCAAAGCGGGCAGACGUAUUCUGUAGAAAAUUCUCUUCACCCUCCUCCUCCUGUCCAAAGAGUCAUGGAUCCAGAUUUUGUAGAUAUGUCUGGUGCUUCCUUUCCCGAAUUAAUUGACUUGGUGAAAACCAUCAACGUGCCUUCCUCUGCUUCUUUCGACACGUCAGGUGACUCCACAGCAACAAAAGACGACUCGCUUACGAACAGCGCAGCUGAGUCAGCCUUCAACCAAGGUACUUUUCCAGUCCCAGAAGAUUCAACACUUUCUCCAGACAGUUCAGGUCCUCAGCCAGCAUUGGAUAUACAGAUGCCUUCACUUUCUCCCUUGCCAUCUCUUCCGAUGGAUAUUUCUGUAAACGCGGCAUCCACAGCAGACUCCUCCGAUGCUCAAGAAACUGUUCCACAUUCGGAUGAAAUGGAGGGACCUGUAUUGCCCACCGUGUUACAUCAAGGCGAUGAAAAGGCUCAGGAACUCUAAAGCUACAUGAAGCUAGCCCUUGGGAGGGAUCCUUCCUCCCCAUUCUUUUGCAGCUCCGCCCUGUGCUUUGACGCCAAGACGAUCAUUGUGGCUGCAUCGCAGGAAUUCAAGUACCGUCUUUCACGCUCAUUGACCCGUCACUUGUCAGCUAGAAAACUGGAACAGCGACAUAGCAACUGCUCCAUAGUACUACAAUUCACCUUGCUCGCAAGGUUCCCCCCCCCCACCACAUAGCCAACUUUUCUAAAAAGCCCAUGGUUCACAGCAUACAGAGCAAGCAAGCACAGAAAUCUGACAUCAGAGGGGCAGAGCUUACUAGCCGUCUACUGCAGCUGCCGGCUGAAUGGCUUUUUUGCAAACAGGCAUCACUUCCUGAUGCAGAGGUACACCAAAAUCUUUUCAGUGACUUAAAACAAUUCUUGAAGAUCCAGGGCGGUCCAAAUAUUGCCUGUUUGAAGACAGAAAUCUAAACAAUACGUUCUUUUAAUACACUAUUUUUAUUAUUGCAUUUGCAGAUUUUUAAUGCCAAGAUCCAGUCUCCUACUGCACGUGCAAGGCCUGUAUAGGGAGAGAUUUGUAUAAGGGCCCAUAACCCUCCUACACCCUGCCCAUGUGGUACAAGUUAUUGUAUCUCAGUGAAAGGAGGACUAACAUCAUACCAUACAUGUUAAAUAGGUAAAUUUUCAAUAUACAGUGGCCAAGGUGUUGACUGUGUAUAUGCUUGCGUACACGGUUUUAAAGGAUAGGGUGCUAUGGCUGGUGCAGACUGGAUCAGGACUUCAGACGGACUCUGUUUUAAAAAUCACUAUUCUCCCCUUCAGCUGAGAAUGAAUUUCUCCUUUGUUGCUCUGGGAAACUUCCUUGGAAGUACAGUUUAGAGGUAAAAAAUGAGUAUUUUUUUUAUUCGGCUGUCUUUUUAAUUGGGAUUCGAUUUUGGGAAAUGAAUCAUUCUUCUAGAUCUCUACAAAUUGCAGAUCACAUUCACUCUAAAGUUAAAAUUAUCUUGCUUUUAAAUGAAACAGCUGCUGGCUUCCACAGUGUGAAUUGGUGAGUUAAGACAGACAUCUAGUAGGGCUAUACCUGUCACGAGAGUCACUCAGAUACCUUUAAAAUUCAGCCCUAUGCGAUUUCUGUACAAAUAUUGGAAAUGAUGGUGAUAAUUAUUUUAGCUUGUUCUAAGCUAUAACUCUUGAAAGGAUUUUUAUGAAUGUUUUCUUCUGGUAGAUUUCUUGAACACUGGAAAUAAAGAGUUAUGCUUUUA